GCCCGACGGCCAGGGAAAGAGAAAAAAAAAGAAAGAAAAAGAGGGCUAAACCCUAAACCAUCCCGUCCUCCGCCUGGCCGCCUCUUCCGGUCCGGUGAUGCCGUCGCCGUCACCGCCUCCGGCGCCGCCGGUGCUGCCGAUAUCGGAGCACGAGGACGAGAUUGUCGCCGCGGUGGACGCGAACCCGGUGGUUGUGGUCAUCGGAGAGACCGGCUCUGGCAAGAGCACCCAGCUCUCUCAGAUCCUCCACCGCCGCGGAUACACCCGCCGGGGUGCCAUCGCCGUCACCCAACCCCGCCGCGUCGCCGCCGUCUCCGUUUCCAGAAGAGUAGCUCAGGAGCUUGGUGUCCCACUCGGGGAUGAAGUUGGUUAUGCAAUUCGAUUUGAGGAUAGAACUUCAGAGAGAACAUGCAUAAAAUACCUCACGGAUGGCGUUCUUCUUCGCGAAAGCCUUUCAAAUCCUGAAUUGAAGCAAUACUCAGUGAUCAUACUGGAUGAAGCUCAUGAGCGUAGUUUGAACACUGAUAUCCUUUUAGGUUUGAUGAAAAGAUUGAUCACAGAAAGAGCUUCAGAUUUAAAAGUUCUGAUCACCUCUGCGACUCUUGAUGGUUUAAAAGUUUCAAAGUUCUUCUCAGGAUGCCCUGUGUUAAACAUUCCUGGAACUCUAUUCCCUGUGGAGAAAUUUUAUAGCACUGAGCGCCCAACAAAUUAUAUAGAAUCUUCACUUAGAACAGCCAUAGAUAUCCAUGCCAAGGAACCCCCAGGGGAUGUCUUAAUAUUUAUGACAGGAAAGGAUGAUAUUGACAAGAUGGUCUCAAAAUUGGAGGAGAGAAUUCAAAAUCUUGAGGAAGGCUCCUGUAUGGAUGCUCUUGUCCUUCCUCUCCAUGGUUCUUUGCCACCUGAACUGCAGGUUAGGGUAUUUGCUCCAGCACCUCCAAACUGUCGACGCUUCAUUGUUGCAACAAAUGUUGCUGAAACUUCUCUGACUGUAGAUCGUGUCGUAUUUGUGAUUGAUUGUGGUUAUGUAAAGCAACGCCAGUAUAAUCCAUCAAGUGGAAUGUAUUCACUUGAUGUAGUUCAGAUCAGCAGAGUGCAGGCUGAUCAGCGAGCAGGGCGAGCUGGAAGAACUCGGCCCGGCAAGUGUUAUAGGCUAUAUCCAAUGUCUGUAUAUGAAAAGGAGUUUCUUGAGGCUACAGUUCCUGAAAUUCAACGCUCUUCUCUUGCUGGAAGUGUUCUGUAUCUGAAAUCGUUAAAUCUUCCGGACAUCAACAUCUUGAAGUUUGAUUUUCUAGAUCCACCGUCACGUGAGUCCUUAGAAGAUGCUUUGAGGCAAUUAUACCUCAUUGAUGCAAUUGAUGAAAAUGGGCAAAUAACAGAAGUUGGACGCAUUAUGGCAGAACUCCCACUGGAGCCUUCUCUUUCAAGGACUUUGAUUGAAGCGAAUGAAUUGGGAUGUUUGUCUCAGGCAUUAUCUGUUGCUGCGAUUUUGUCAGCAGAAAUCACAUUGCGAUCAACUAGAAGCAAGGAUGUGGGGGGAAAGAGGAAAAAACAAGAGCUUCCUGAUGGUUCUGGCUGGGGUGACCAUAUACAAUUGCUUCAGAUAUUCGAAAGUUGGGACCAAUCAGGAUAUGAUCCAAAAUGGUGCUCUGAUCAUGAUUUGCAGGUGCGGGGUAUGAAAUUGAGCAAAGAUGUGAGGAACCAACUAUGUCAGAUUAUUCAAAAAAUUGCAAAAGGUCCAACUGAUGUUCAUGCAAGGAAAAGCCGGAAGAAUGACCCUGACUAUAGAAAGUUGAGGAGAGCUCUCUGUGUAGGAUAUGGUAACCAGCUAGCUGAGAGGAUGCUGCAUCACAAUGGGUACCAUACUGUUGGCUAUAGGGCCCAACUUGUGCAGGUGCAUCCAUCUUCUGUACUGGAAGGUGACGAAUACGGGAAGUUUCCGAUGUAUGUUGUUUAUCAUGAGCUGAUAAGUACAACUCGUCCAUACAUGAGAAACAUUUGUGCUGUGGACCAGGCCUGGGUUGAGCCUAUAUUGAAGAAGCUUCAGAAAUUAGAUGUAAACCAAAUAAGUGGUGGUUCAAGUGAACCGAAAGAUUCUGAACCUCAAGAUAAACAUGUAAACGUGCCAAAGAAAGCUGUUGAUGUUCAACAAUCUGAGGUGGACAGUAAAAUCCAGGCAGCUCGGCAGCGCUACCUUGCACGAAAAGGCAAGAAAUGACACGUUUUCCUGAUAACUCGAGGCUGCCUUGAAGCUUCUCCGGAAGAUCAUUUUUCCAGUGACAAGUGGGGGUGGGUGGGUGU